AAUAUUCCUCAUCCAAAUUCCUAUAUGACUUUGUAAAACUAUUCAGAGAUAGAGUACUUGGGAGCAAUAAAGCAUAGAUCCACUAUCGAUUUUACUGUAAACACGGAACAUUUUAAAACCCAUGCAAGAAUAUUGCACUUUACUGCGGCAAUAAGAAAGAAGACCGUGUAGUUCUACUAUUCCGAAUCUGUACUCAGAAAAAUUUUAUGAUGUUUAAUCUCAUUCACUUCCUUCGCAUUGAAAACUGUCAAUGCAGUACAAGUUAUUUUAAUUAUUCUAGUAUGCAGAAGGCGUGAAUAAUUCUGUUUACCCAUGUCAAAGACACCGCCUUACACAUGUUAUUCGGACAAUUCACGCCAAUGAAUCAGCAAAACAUUGUAUCUUAUCACACUUCCAAAUAAACCGUAAUUAAUUCAGCAAUCUAUACAAUCAGACUCGGCGAGAACUUUGCCCAGGUUUAUUGCACAUCACAUUAGUACCGACGUACGCCAACGCUACGUUCCGAGUGUAAGUUUUUUAAAACAAAUUUUAGGAGAGGAAACGGUCGGGGAAAUAAGCUUUUAAACUAUACCAAUUGGGUUCCACACGUCCUAGCAGAGACCACACUGUGGCCAGAAAACCUUGUCACUCCUAGAAAAAUAGAAAUCAGUAUAUAACACCCAAAAAGAUAACAUUAGCUAUAAAAUGAGUAGUCAGUGGAAAUUCGAGAAUUUGGAUGUAACUCAGAGGAAGGGCCUCUUAAUCAUAACAAUAAAUAGACCCAACAAGAAGAACGCGUUUUCACGAAAGAUGUAUGAAGGUGUAACACAGAUUCUGAAUGAUGCAGCACAUAAUGAUGAAGUGUCGAUAGUAGCUUUUACAGGUGCAGGAGAUUACUAUAGCAGUGGAAAUGAUCUGUCAGGAUAUUCAGAUUACGAAGGUGCCAGUACUGGAUUUAAUGCAAAGACGACAGACACUGUGAAGAAUAUGGUUACAGCAUUCAUUGAUUUCCCAAAAAUAUUGGUAGCUGUAGUGAAUGGUCCAGCCAUUGGUAUUGCAGUAACUAAGUUGGGCCUGUGUGAUGUUGUAUUUGCAUCUGAAAAGGCAACAUUUCGUACUCCAUUUACUAUCUUAGGGCUGUGUGCAGAAGGCUGCUCAACAUACACAUUUCCUCGAAUUAUGGGCACAUCGAAGGCUGGGAGUAUGCUUUAUUUCAAUUAUCAGAUGGACGCGAAGGAAGCAUACACUUGUGGCUUAGUCAGCCAUUUAUUCAAAACAAAUGAUCUGCCAAAUGUACUACAGAAACUGGAAGAAGCCUCCACUUUGCCUGUCAAGUCGCUAAUGGCAAAUAAGAAACUCAUGCGGAAAUGGGAUCAAGAUGCUUUGCACAGAGCAAAUGAACUUGAAAGUCAGCAGCUAGAGGAGCGAAUAGCAUCUGAAGAUUGUGUUAAUGCGAUAAUCAAAUUUAUGCAAUCUCGAAAUAAGCUCUAAAUAGUAUUUUCUGUUGAUCAAAUGGCUAGAGCUGUCUUGGUACUCAAUUCUGUUACAUCACUCUGACAAUGCAUCACAUAUAAAUAUUAUACUCCAGCUAUAACAAUGAUCAUGCUGUUAGCAUAAAAAUAGGACUAAAUAAGUGCCUUGUUGCAGUCUUGCCUUACAUCACUCUGAUAAUGUAUCGUGUCGUGGCUAGGGUAUUUAUUAAAUGAGCAGCUUGUGACCUCUUUUUUUUUUUUAAAUAAGAGCUAUGCACACUUGCAUCACUCUGAUAUUACAUAACACAACACGGGUCACUGUGAAAGGGUCCGCUUGUUAUAACCAUUUCAAAUGUGGUGUGUGUAGAAAGUUCAACUAAUGUGCAAUGUAACAUCAUUUAAGUCUGUUGUCUCCCUACCUUUCAUUUUAUUAUUAUUACUAUUUUUAUUUUGAUGAAUUAGUAUCUCAUCAUCUUAUGAUCAAAUCACUUCCUUUCAUAGCAUGCUGUUUACAGAAUAUAUUCAUUAAUUUGUCUUGCAUUAGCAACAGGACUACCUGAUCAUUGCAAACAAAACAACGCAAUUACCAUGAUGCAAACAAAACACAUGCCUGUACAAAAAUAACACCUUUCUAAUGCAAAUUAGUCAUCAUGCUGAAAAAACUUUGAAUAUUGUUGUAAAAAUGGAAAAAUUGUGCUGCAGCCUACAUAGUAUUCUCAUUAAUGAUACAAAUGUAAUGGGUAGUCUUAUAAUCACACAAUAUAUAACAUGCUCCAAGUAAAAAAAAAUUGUGUCAAAACAUUAGCAGACACAAAAUUUUAUCAAGCUGCAUAACAGAACAGUAAAAACAGACUAUAAAUUUAGUUUCCAUUUACAGCUAGUAUAGUGAGAUAACAUUUAGUUGAUUCUAUGUAUAAUUAUUUGUAUACAAAAAGAUUAUAACAGACCAUCACAUUUUGUUUUAUAUGGCGCAAUAUUUACAUGUACAUGAUAUAUCUAUGCAGUUGUUUGAUUCUCACCUAAUACUGUAAGAUGAUUUCCAUGAUUCUCACCUAAUACUGUAAGAUGAUUUCCA